UAAGUUUAAAAAAAAAAAAUAAGUUACAAUUGGUACAAUUCUAUAGAUGUCUUUGUGAACAAAAUAGAUAGAAGGCCUGAUGAAAUAUUUGCAGUUUCUAGAAAUAUUUGUGGGUUCAGUGAAAAUAUAAAAGCCCUAAAAAAUAAUUUAAAGUUUGUCAUAACAUAACUGUACGUCGAAUAUACUCAGGUAUACAAACCAGAAUUAAAACAUACAAAACAAAAACCAAUGAGAACUGAAAUCACAAGUCAAGCUUAUCUUAUAAAGAGAUUUAAUGAUUCUUCCUAAUUUUAAGUCAGGAAGGAAAAAAUAAUUACACAUAAAUUAUAUUAAUGCACAUCUAAAUAUAAUAACAUAUAUUUUUAAUAAAGAUUAGAAACAUUAAUUUUUCCAAAUAAUUGCAAAGAUUAUCGUAUUAUUAUUAAUAACUCCAGGGAGUAAUCGAUUACAAUUUAAACAUUACAGGAUUCGGAGGAAUGAUUCAAAAAUUAUCGAUAUUAAAAUGAUAUGGAUGGAUGUCACAGAUGCUAUUCUACAGCUAAUAGACAAUAGAACUUUACAUAUGUUUUUGACAGUUGACAGUGACAGUUCUAAGUAGUAAGUUCUUAUUUCUUAAGAAUUUGACUGAAUUAAAUGCAAAGGUUAUGUUAUUUAAAGUCCUUUAUUUAAAUAAUAACAGAAAUGACUGUGAAACCGAGAGAGAAAGUAGACGGUGAUGACGAUCCCGUGGAGUCGAUGUUAAAAAAAGCAGGUUGCUUAGAUUUACAUUAUAAAGUUCAGGAAUGCAUAAAUACUACGAAGGAUUGGAGAAAAUGUCAAACAGAAGUAAAUGAUUUCAAAACAUGUAUCACGAAACACAAAGAUGAAAUGAUUAGAUUAAAAAAUUAAUUUAUUAUUUAUUUUGUUAAAUAUUUAUUCUUUGAGCAAGGUUUGGUA